AUGUCGCCGUUAAGUUUUGAGAAGCAUACCGUUGUUAUCACUGGAGCUGGAGGCGGACUUGGCAAAGCCUAUUCGCUCUUUUUCGCCUCUAGAGGCGCAAAUGUGGUGGUAAACGAUGUUAGCAAGGAUGCUGCCGACCGAGUCGUUGCAGAAAUCACCAAAGCUGGUGGAAAGGCCAUUGCGAACACUUCUUCUGUAGCGGACGGUGCUGCUGUCAUCAAGUCUGCUGUCGAUGCAUUUGGUGGUAUCACCAUUCUCAUCAACAACGCCGGAAUUCUCAGAGACAAAGGAUUCAAGAACAUGUCUGAUCAGGAAUGGGAUGCUAUUCAGCUCGUCCAUUUGAAGGGUGCCUUUGCAUGCACCAAAGCCGCUUGGCCAAUCUUCCGAAAGCAGAAGUUUGGCAGAAUCAUCAACACAGCAAGCGCGGCAGGGAUAUAUGGCAACUUUGGCCAGGCUAAUUACAGUGCAGCGAAGAUGGGUCUAAUUGGCUUCACCAAGACGCUUGCGCGAGAGGGAGCAAAAUACAAUAUCAAAUCGACCGCUAUCGCACCAAUUGCAGCUUCUCCAAUGACAGAGACUGUCAUGCCACCUGAAAUGCUCGCUGGGCUUAAGCCCGAAUUUGUCGUUCCAUUGGUUGCAGCAUUGACCCAUCCGAAUGGCCCAGACGCAAGCGGCAAAGUUUUUGAAGUAGGGGCAGGAUUCGUUGCAGAAAUUCGUUGGGAAAGGAGCAAAGGUGCCAUUUUCAAAACAGAUUACACCUUUACUCCUUCCGCGGUUAGGGAACGAUGGGCAGAAGUGACUGAUUUCUCCAACGCUACCCAUCCAAAUGGUAUGGGCGAUACGAAUCUCCAGGCCCUGCUUGAGGAAUCCAAGCAACUCCCUGAGAAUAAACAAUCGUCUCCCGCCGUUCGCUUCGAUAACCAGACCGUUAUUGUCACCGGUGCAGGUGCAGGUCUUGGGCGCGUCUAUUCGCUGAUGUUUGCCUCCCUCGGUGCCAACGUUGUCGUCAACGACGUUAGCGAAAAGGGUGCCAAUGCCGUUGUUGACGAUAUCGUCAAAGCCGGCGGAAAGGCCGUCGCAGUCGUUUGUUCCGCCGAAAAUGGAGAGGCUUUGGUAAAGGGUGCUCUCGAUGCGUUCAAAGGCGUGCAUGUUCUUGUCGCAAACGCUGGUAUCCUUAGGGACAAGUCAUUCACCGCGAUGUCGGAAAAGGAAUGGGACGAUGUCAUUCAAGUUCAUCUUAGGGGUACUUAUAAGGGUGCAAAAGCCGUGUGGCCCAUUUUUCAGCAACAGAAGUACGGUCGGAUACUCACCACAGCGUCCUCGGUUGGGAUUUAUGGCAAUUUUGGACAGGCCAACUAUUCCACCGCAAAAGCUGCAAUCAUAGGCUUCACCAAGAGCUUGGCUAUCGAAGGGCGCAAAUAUGGCAUCUUUGCGAACGUUCUUGCGCCUUCUGCUGGAACUGCAAUGACUCAAACAAUUUGGCCACAAGAGAUGGUAGAAAUGUUCAAACCAGAGUUUGUUGCCCCAAUUGUGGGAUAUUUGACCAGCCAAGCAAAUGAGAGCACCACUGGGCGUCUAUUUGAGGUUACUGGCGGCUGGGCAGCCGAGACUCGCUGGCAACGAUCCGGCGGGUAUGGAUUCCCCCAUAACAAAGAAUUGACCCCGGAGGCAGUUGUCUCAAAAUGGGAGAUCAUUACAAGAUUCGAUGAUCGUGCGACCCAUCCCACGUCUACCCAGGAAGCCCUCCAACAGAUUGUCGAAAACUUUGGUAACAACGCCACUACCUCUGACGACGACCAUGAAAGCUUUAUUGAUCCAGAGGACCCUCCCGUCGUCGUCGAAGCCAAGAAGCGGAAGAUCGAGCCUAGCGAGUUUACGUACACGGAGAAGGAUGUUAUUCUGUACAAUCUCGGGAUAGGAGCCACAGAGAAGGAUCUACAGUGGGUGUUUGAAAACGACGACAACUUCCAGGCUCUCCCGACUUUCGGUGUGAUUCCACAGUUCCCGGCCAGUGCAGGUUUGGGAUUCGAUUGGGUUCCGAAUUUCAAUCCUGCCAAGCUACUUCACGGGGAACAGUAUCUCGAGAUCAAAGGUGCUAUUCCCACGAGCGGAACGCUCAUAAACGAAGUCAAGUUGCUUGAGGUCCUCGACAAGGGGAAACAAACGGCCGUUACAGCCAUUGUAUACACCAAGGAUAAAGCAUCAGGCAAGCUCGUUUUCGAGAAUCAGUCCACGGUCGUCCUGCGCGGAUCUGGAGGUUUUGGGGGGAAGAAGACUGGGAAAGAUCGUGGUGCUGCUAGCGCCGCCAACGUUCCACCGAAGCGCGCACCAGACGCUGUGGUGGAAGAACGAACAUUGUCAUCACAAGCGGCUUUGUAUCGGCUAAGUGGAGAUGCCAACCCAUUGCAUAUUCAACCAGAGUUUGCGGCUAUUGGAGGGUUUGACAGACCUAUUCUGCAUGGUCUUGCAUUCUUUGGUUUUGCGGGCAAGCAUGUUCUCCAGACCUAUGGCGAAUUCAAGGAUAUCAAGGCCAGGUUCUCCGGUUCUGUCUAUCCUGGUGAGACCCUUGUCACUGAGAUGUGGAAGGAAGGGGACAAAGUCAUCUUUGUCACCAAGGUCAAGGAGAGGGGUACAAUUUGUCUAUCUGCUGCGGCUGCCACACUCAAAGAGGGUCGAUCGAAGAUCUAG